AAAUUAUUCAGUAUUUUUAAUAAAAAAACUUACUUAUUGAACUAAUUUUGUAAAUAAUUAGGGAAUACAGAUAUAAAGAGCAUCAGGCAUUUUGCAGUUUAUAUAUGAAAUCUGCUCUAUCGUGCUUCUGGCAUAUGCUUUUUUCCCAUUUCACACUAAUGGUGUUUGAUAUUUUACUCUUUAUUGGGCAUAUGUAAUAUCUACUGCAAUAUAAUUUUUCUUUGCUUGUGACUCAUUAACAACAUAUCAAUUGUGUAUUUUUUUUUCUGUUUCUACUGCGAUUUGCGGAGCAAAAAUGGAAAAGCCAAAUUUUCCAGGAAGUACUUCCUAUUCUUGAACAUCUCUAGUGGGUUUACUUUUUUCGGUAACAACAAGAUCAUUUGAAUUUAUAUCGGUAAUAUUUAAAGACAAUGGCUAGCCAGUUUGGUCGCAAGAACCAUCUUCUGAAGAAAAUCCCUUCUCCUCUGAUAUAGACUGGUCAUGACUAAAUAAGUUUUUAUUUCCUAAAUUUCCUAAUUUUUUUUCUAUAGAAUUUUUAACCUACAAUCACUAUCCUGAAACAUUUGAAGUUUUAUUUUUAUCGUAUAUCAAAGGAGUAAAAGACCGGCUUGAACUACUUUAACGAAUACGCCAUGAUUCGUACUAAAAAUAAUAAUGUGAGAGCAUGCAUGGAAUGUCAGUAUACCCCUAAUUGUUCUGUAAAUAAUAAAAAAUGUCAGAAAUACGCACUUCCAAAAAGAUACAUAUAGAAAAUGACCUUAAUUGAUGGACCUAAUUACCUCUGAAUACACAAGAAGACAGCAGACGAAUUAUUUUUUACUUUGUCGCAUAUGAUGUAUACAGGAAGUAUUGUAAUAGUCAAAUGAUUCGAAUUCGACAGAUUCAGGAAAUUUCACUUGUCAAGCCUUCCCUAAUCUGAAGAACCUGUUGCGAAUGGGUAUGAGCAAGGAUAGAACCUGGGAUCUUGUGGUUCGAAGCACAGUAACAUGACCACAAUACAAAAGCAAUUGUCUGGGUAGCGUCGCUGUUAACUGGCUUAUAUGCUUUCACCACAAACCCAUUUUUGGAAUUUUUUCUGCCUGUGAAUAUGAUAACAGAAAUAUUUUCAGCUAGACUCUUUAAAUUUGGGUAUAUUCAGAAGGCCAAAUUUUUUAGAUUUUUAUCAAAUUAUCAGCGAAAUUCAUUCACAGUAAGUCUGUUUAGCUGUUCGGGUACAGGACAGUUAUAUAAACACAAAAGGUGAAGAUUAAGUUGAUACACGGGUUUAGAGUCUAAAAUACAGAUCCUUGUCAAAUUUUGAACCAAAUCUGUCAAAGUGCUGACAGUCUGUCGAUAUGUACUUUCGCAUGCAAUAAUUCAUAAACCCAAUGACUUCAAUCAAUGAAAUUUGGUAUCUUGUGAUUAUAAAUGUAAUUCUGUGUACAAAUUUUUUUGGUUUAAAUGAAUUGAUAAUAAGGUGGGGAAAAUACAUUUUAUUACGAUAAAUUCUGUAACAAUUCUAAGUUCAUGCCAAAUAUCUAUAUUUUGUAAUUAUUUUUCAAUGCCAAGCGAGUAUUAGCGGCCUUACCAUCACCCCUUAAGGUUCACAAUGCGGAAGAAGGAGUUAAAUAUUUUACUAUAGAGCAUGCGAGAGAGAAUUUCGGGAGACACUCUCGUUGGUUAGUUUGGAGUGCCAAAACACCCUGCGUACAUCUUUUCGAGUAAAUUCCCGAAACGUAAAUUAGUUUUAGAACUAUAUUUGAGAAAUGAUAUAUGUGGAAAUAAUGUUUGCGAAAUGAUAUAUUUGGAAAUAAUGUUUGCGAAAUGAUAUAUUUGGAAAUAAUGUUUGCGCAAUGAUAUAUUUGAGAACAAUAUUUGAAAAUUAAAAUUUCAAAUAUUGUUCCCAAAUAUUUGAAUUAUAUUCCGGGUGAUUAUAAAAUAAUUAUCCCGAUAUAUGAGAUUAUAACUAUCGUAGUAUGCGCAAGAACGGAAUAAAAAUUUGGUUCAGAGGAUUUUGAGGUAUGCUUUCAAGAAUAAUAUGAAAAGCAAGUUAAAUGAUUUAACAAGUUAAAUGAUCUAACAUUUAAGGUUACAAGGAAGAAAUUUCAGAAUUUUUAAAUGGUAACACCGACUUUUUUUUAUUUGAGUGUGUUCUCCAUAGCAAGAAACAAUAAACAGAGUUGGAACGUUACCUGUAGCCCGAAAAUCCUCAGCGCGAGACAGACUAAGAAGAAAAGAACUGUCGUGCCAACCAGAGAUGUGAAGUUCAAAAGAUUCUUUUCGGCAUGGUGCGUGCUAUGGUUCUAGGCAUCAUCUGCUUCAUGCAAAGUGUCAUCAUGGCUGAAUUAGGCCGAGUAGUAGCGAAGUCUCGAAGUGGAGAAAGCGAAGGAAGUUAUUGAUGCCUUGCUUUAGUUCGGGGAUCUUACGAGGAUUUUAUCCUGUUUUUAAUGAACGCUCUCAGAAACUGGUGAACUUUCUUCAAGAGGAGACGAAGAAAGAAUUUACUUAUAAAGAAACGCCCGUAACUCUAGCCGCUCUGGAUAUUAUCUGCGAUAAGUCCAGCUUUUAUUCAAUUUGAACUUGACGUAUUAAUUGUAUUAAGAAGUAAAAUAUUAUUCCGUUCAAAAGAAGAUGUAUUUAAUUAGAAAGUAUUUUCAUUGUUGUUUUUCAAAUACAAAAUCCAUCAGCAUUUGUUACGGCGAAAAAAUCUAACAGCCUGAAUAAUAGAUUAAGACAAUUUAUUCUACAUGAAAUACGGAUGAAAAAAACAGCUUUAUAGUUAGCUUUAUAUAACAGUCUUGGGACAUAGAAGAAUUUUAAACGAUGUUUGGUGUAAAAAUAGGAGCUCUGGAGAAUGAUAAUUCUCAGCUCGUCCGAUCGGUUCGAAGAAUUAACGAGAUAUUUAUGUCAAGAACGUUCAAUGUCGAUUAUUGGCCAAACUGGAUAUUUAAUCUGUCAAAAGAUGGAAAAGAAUUCAGGCGACACAAACAGAUUAUCCAUGACUUUUCAAAAAAACAUAAUCCAUGAGAGAAAAGAGAGAUAUUUGAGCGGUCACAUAGAGCAAGAUAGAGGAAAACGAAAGGCUCUGCUAGACCGUCUGUUGGAAAUGCACAUGGAAACAGAGGAACUUAGCGAAGAAGAUAUUUGGGAAGAAGUGAACACUUUUGUACUGGCGGGUCAUGAAACAGUAUCCAGUGCAAUUGUUUGGGCUCUGUACCUUAUAGGACUCCAUUGCGACGUCCAAGAAAAAAUUCACGAUGAGCUGGAUAAAGUAUUUGGUGAAGAUACAAAGAGACCUGUGACGGAGAAAGAUCUCAACGAACUUCAAUACCUGGAUUGUGUUCUGAAAGAAACAAUGAGAGUUUAUCCUACAGCACAUUCGUUUGGAAGACAAAUGCCGGAAGAUACUAACAUUUGUGGACAUAUUUAACCGAAAGGAACUGCGUGCGUUGUUAUGACGUACUUCCUACACAAAGACGAGGAUGUAUUCCCGGAUCCUGAAAAGUUCGAUCCAGAGCGAUUUUCCACUGAAAACAGGCUGAAAAUUCCUGAAUACGCUUACAUUCCUUUCGGUGCAGGCCCA